AUGUCUGUGCAAUCUCCUUUGGAGCUCCUCCCCAAUGAGCUCUUAGACCAGAUUAUCUCUUACUUAUUCACGGAGCCACCGUCAUCUGGACAACUACAUAGUACACCCAGUUUGAAACUCACCCAAUCUCCAACAAAAGACCUCAAACAUCUCGAGCUAUGCUCACGGCGCCUAUUCCAACUUGUGCGCCCUCAACUAUUCACUCAUGUCCGACUCAACCUCCAUGGUGAAUCCGACUUCUGCUCUUUUAUGAUCAACUCGGAUCUCUGUCAGCAUGUAACUUCUAUUGUCGCAAUCGCAGAUGAAGAUCCAGAUCAUCGGGUCAAUCCAUUCUGGUGGCGCCGAGUCCUCCGGUAUCUAGACCCUCGUCGUGUUCUAGUGAUAGGGCCGCCAGUCUUCAUUGGCAACACUCUAGCUACUCCGAUCAACGAUGGACACCACUGGGCAUUCGAUAUGCCCUUACAGAUCUUACUUUUGGCACGAGAGUGCAAACCUCGUGACCCAUCCCAGCUGCCUGACUUGGAAAAUUGUACUAGUCUUCUUGCAUCACGACCGUGGACGUCCAUAACCUUUAAUGAGUCAUCUUCUUUGAAAGCAUACAAUCACUACGAAUACUUCCUUUCCUCUGUCACAUCGGUUCUGGCAGAAUGGGGUACAAGUGGCGUACGCGGAUCAACCCGUACUCUUCAACGCCCAAGCAACCUAUCAGCUCUCUUACAUGACCUCACAUACUUUUCCUACACGGCCGUGUUUCCAUUUUACAAUCACUCGCAGAUUGUAAUGGAUGCUGUCGUGAGGAUGCAGUGUCUGCGUCGCCUUGAUGUACAGUUGGCCCCCCUUGAGGAUAAUCAUAUUACCGAGCUUGAACAACGAGGGUCUAUGGAUCCCAAUGAUCCUUGGAUGGAACUCGCAACCUCGUACUCUCUGAUUGGGUAUACUGUGAAUAAUCUGCCCUGCUUGAAAGAGUUCAGAUGCGGUGAUCUGCAUGUGGAGGCCAUGCGGCAGGACCUGCUAGCCGUUUUGGACGAUGUCAUCGGGGAUGGAGGCUGGGUGCAUGAUGGACGUGGAGUGUGGAAGCGACCUUGA